GGUGAGCAAUGAGACUCCGGUGCAUAUUAGGACACCGCCUCUUGCCCCUGCAACCCCCCUCCAUCCACCUCUGGCGGAUAUAAAUGGGAGAUAAGGACCGAUGCAUCCCAGCAUCUUACCUCCACAUCAUCCGCAUCCUCAUCCAAGGAAGAGAUAAGGAGAACACGACCAGUCAGAGAGAAGAAGAAGAAGAAGAAGAAGAGGCAAGCAGAUCACACAGAGAGAGAAACAUGAGGUCCCUACUGAAGCUGACGGUGCUGCUCUUCUGCCUGCAGAGGGGAGCGGGACACUGGCUACGCUCACUUCUGGAGCUGAAAGGACAGUCUGCUGGAGACGGGGAGGGAACCAGAGCGGCGAGGGAGGCCGGAGCGAGCGCCGAGGAACUCCACGGAGCCCUCGCCCUUCGGUCUCGCCGCAGCGCCAGCGACGUGUCUUGCAGCCUGCAGUCGCUCCUCGUCCAGGUGCGCGACCUGGGCCUGGGCUACGACUCGGACGAGAUGGUGCGCUUCAAGUACUGCGCCGGGGCGUGCCCGCUGCAGCGCUCCAACCACGACCUGACGCUGGCCAACCUGCUGCAGGCCGGGCACCUGCGCGCGGCGCCGGCCGGCCAGAUGUGGCACAGCAUGCCGUGCUGCCGGCCCACGCACCACGAGGACAUGGUCUUCCUGGACAACGCACACCGCUGGCACAAAGUGGAGAAGCUGUCGGCGGCGGGCUGCGCUUGCAUCGGGUAGAAGAGCAGAAGUGGGGGGGGGGGGGGGGGGGGACCCAUCUAAGAACUCUAACGCUCAGGACAGGCUGAAGGGUCAUGUUUUAUACGGUUUCAUGACUUCAGGUUGGGCAUUCGCAAGACAUGGACUUUCCCCUAUGCAGAUCUCUGUGGAACUGUCAUGAAAUACCAAGUUGGUGUUUGUGAUGAAUUUAAAGAUCAAAAUUUAUGAGGUGUCGAUGACAUAAGACGAGACGCCAUCUGCUGACUAUGCGCUUUUUGUUAUUGGUGGUAUCAAAUGUGCAUCCUCUGAUGUUUGUAUAUAAUGAAGAAUUACAAUGUCUCUUUCAAUAAUUUACUCCAGAAGGUUGCAUUGAGUAAAGCAGUUAAAUCCUGCUGAAGCUGCUGUUUUUUUUAGGA